AACUCUCAUUUCUGUUCGCAAACAGGAAAAUUAUAUUCCUUCUUCACCAAAACCGAAAGAAACCCAAGGUGAAGGUGAAGCUAUCCCUCCGAAAAUUGGCACAGAAUUCAGAGCUAACAACUUAGCAGUAAAAACAAAAAAAAGAAGCAGAAGAACAGAAGAAUAAUGAAGAGCAUACCUCUGAUUCUGAUGGGCUGUGGAGGUGUCGGGCGUCAGCUGAUUCAGCACAUUGUCUCAUGCAGAUCUCUUCAUGCCAAGCAGGGAGUCCACUUGAGAGUGGUGGGUGUCUGUGACAGUAAGUCAUUGGUUGCUGCAUCUGAUGUAUUUACCAGGGAAUUGAAUGAUGCAUUUCUAUCUGAAGUUUGCCGCGUCAAGUUGAAUGGUUCAUCACUUUCAACACUUGCUGAUUUUGAUGAAUGCCUAGUCUACUCGAAUUCUGAGUCAAAAAGAAAAGUUAUAGAUAUUGCAGCUCUUCUGGGCAAAUCAACAGGUUUGGCUUUUGUAGAUUGCUCUGCAAGUUCUGAGACUAUUGGAGUGUUAAACCAAGUGGUCGAUCUAAGAUGUUGCAUUGUCCUGGCAAAUAAGAAGCCUCUUACAUCUACUCUGGAAGAUUAUGACAAAUUAGUUUCCUAUCCACGCCGCAUUCGGCAUGAGUCAACUGUUGGUGCUGGCCUUCCUGUUAUAGCAUCCUUAAAUCGCAUACUUUCAUCAGGAGAUCCUGUUCACCGUAUAAUUGGGAGUUUAAGUGGUACGUUGGGAUAUGUAAUGAGUGAGGUUGAAGAUGGAAAGCCUCUGAGUGAAGUUGUUAGGACUGCUAAAAGUCUGGGCUUCACUGAACCAGAUCCCCGCGAUGACCUUAGUGGGAUGGAUGUUGCAAGGAAGGCUUUGAUUCUCGCUCGACUUCUUGGAAGGCGCAUCAACUUGGAUAACAUUGAAAUCGAGAGCUUGUAUCCUGAUGAAAUGGGACCUCAUGCUAUGUCUGUUGAAAAAUUUUUGGGUAGUGGUAUUGCAUUACUUGAUAACAACAUCCAAGAAAGAGUUAAAAAAGCAUCCUUGAAUCAGAAUGUGCUCCGCUACGUUUGUGUAAUUGAGGGCUCAAGGUGUGAAGUCGGAAUUCAAGAACUUCCUAAGAACUCCGCUUUAGGGCGAUUGAGAGGAAGUGACAAUGUGUUGGAGAUAUACAGCCGUUGUUAUAAUGAACAACCACUGGUCAUUCAAGGUGCUGGAGCGGGGAACGACACCACAGCCGCUGGUGUACUUGCCGAUAUCCUGGAUAUUCAAGAUUUAUUCCCUUGAGAAAGUGGGUAAUUUGCGCUAUUAUGAAAGGGAGAGAAGUUACCUGACGGACGGUGAAGACAUGAAACAAACUGAUGCCAGUUUUGAAAAGUAGUGUAUAGUGGAAGCUAGUAAUGCAGGUGGCCCUAAGUUUUGUGGUGUCAAAGUAUGCAUUUGCAAGUAUCAUUUAAAUUUUGAAGGAAAAUUAUAUCAGUGAGUGAUUGACAUUACUUAUACAACUGAAUUCCAACUUAGGGGCAAUAGGCUUUAAACUUUGUUUUAAAGUUUGGAUAUGUGACCUUAUGCAAGUCUGAAGAAAAUCAGGAAGUUUUAAUUCCGAGUCCAUUGGCAAGUUCAAGUUUAGUAUUCUGCUGCAGCCGGUAGUUGGUAGUUAGUACUUAGUUGCAAGCAGUUUGGUAAUUCAGUGAUUACUAUAGAGGUCACUAUAAAAUGAUUAAUAAGGAUGUUUGUAUUUUCAUA